ACCAGCUCAAUCAGAAAUACUUUAUUUAAAUAACGAACUGAAGUGGAGUUAUUAGAUGCGAAUGUUGAUAAAUAAAUAGUUCUCGCAUUGAGAAGACUGCGCCAACCCUUUCGAGACUGACUUUAAUAAAAUUCUUAUUGGUUUAAAUGCUCUGUCAGUCUUGAAAGGGUUAAUCAUGAAAGGCCAUUUCAUAUAAUUUAGUUCAAAUAUUCUAAAACAAUCUGUUGAUCAGUAUGAGUACAUUUGACGGUAUAAUUAAAGAAUAUCCUCUUAUAUCUAUAGAUAGCUUCAUAAAAAAUAAUGGCAAUUUUGAAUCCACUGUAUUUUUUCUAUCUCAUUGUCACACAGAUCAUAUGAAAGGCCUUUCUGAUUCAAGCUUUUAUCAACUUCUAGAGUCAAGAUAUUUCAGCAAAAUAUAUGUAUCUGAAGUAUCAAAACAUUUACUGGAAAACAGUGAUGCUUAUUGUCAUUUAGCUGAGUAUUUGGAAAGUAUACCUUUGGAACAACCUAAAAUAAUUGCAAUUCCAAAUAAAAAUGGUGAAAUACUUUCAAGAGUGACUGUAACUUUAGUUGCAGCUGGUCAUUGUCUUGGAUCUGUUAUGAUUUAUAUUGAAGGUGAAAAUGGCAGAAUUCUAUAUACUGGUGAUUUCAGGCUUCCUGUUGGAGAUGCUGCUAGACUAGUUAAUUUGCAUGAUGGGGAAGGCAGAUUAAAGCCUCUUGAUGCCCUAUAUGUGGAUACAACCUUUUGUAAGAAACAGUACAUGUACUUUCCAACUCGAGAACAAGGUCUUGAAUCUGUCAUAUCAUUAGUGGAACCUUGGUUGGCUAAAGGAUCAGAUCACAUUAUAUCCCUCAUUUGUUCUGCUAAAUAUAACUAUGAAUUUGUGUUUGUUGAACUUUUCAAAAAGUUUCAUCAAAAGAUACAUAUAUCCGAAGAAAGACUUAGACAAUAUAGAGGAAUAAAAAUCAUUGAAGAUGCAGUCACUACAGUUGAGACAGAAUCUAGAAUACAUGCUUGUAGAAGGGAUAAAACAGUUGGGGAUACGUUUUAUAUUUCUGCUGCUCCAUGUGGUUAUGAAACAGAAGAUUUAAAACCUAUAAAAGUGAAGUAUAUCAAAUUGUGUGCUUGGUCUUUUAAGCAUGGAGCUCCAGAUAGCACACACCAUAUGUAUAUUGGUAAAGAAAAAAUGCAUAAGGUGUGUUUUUCAACACAUUCUUCUCUAGCUGAAGUUAGGGAUCUUGUGAGUUAUUUAAAGCCAAAAAUUGUUUAUCCAAAUGUGGUUCAGGGACAGACAGUGGAAGAAAUUCUUGAACUAAUUAAUGUCACCUCUUCCCAAGAUUUAAGUUCACCUGAGUUGCAAUUUUCUAUAUCUCCAUUAGGCGAGUUGAGAAAUAUGACUCCUGAUGAUAAAUGCACCACCCUCAACAGUAAUAGCCUACCCUUUUAUGAUGAUUAUUAUAGAAUAUCAGUUCAAAAUCAAUCAUUCUAUGUUCAACCUACGCAGACUUCUACUGCAGAUAAAAAGGGUGAUAUUAAUCUUGACAAUUCUGAUAAAAUUACUAAAGAAUCUUUUCCAAUGGGAUAUAACAAAUUAGAUUUAGCUGACAGUUCAUCAGCUGCUAGCAAACCAAAUAUUAUUGGGAAAAAAGAUGAACAAGUGACGCAUAAUUCUAGUAAUACUAAGAAAAGUAAUGAAAUAGUUUUGCAUAAGGAAAGCAAACAAUGUGAGCUGUUGAAUGUAACUGAUCACUCAUCAGUUGUAGUCAAGUCCAAAAGCUGUGAUACCUCUCCAAUCAAAUGGAAUUUUCCUUCCUUGUCAUCUGAUGAUGAAAAUUGUGAUCCUAAUUCUUCAUUUGGUAGUUCAAAAGAUAAAUCAGAUUCUGAAACAACUUAUACUACUUCAGAAGAACAAGAUCUGAAAAUGCAGGACCUUGACUGUGCUAUGCAUUGUAAUCUCAAAAUACAAAAGUCAUCUACAAAAAUAAUUGAAUCUUCUAAAGGUCAGAUUGUUGAAGAGACCUCCAAAGUUUGUAAAAAAGGUGUUAUUGAAAAAUCCUUUAAUUCAAUUCCCACCACUUCUAAUACUUAUUUUGUUCACAAUACUACAAAUUCUCCUGAUAAAGAUUUUAAUGAUUGCAUAAGAAAAGUAAUGCCAAAUACUGAUGUUGCAGUCAUCAAAGAAAUGAAGCCUUAUGAUAUUACUUCUGAAGAUUAUGAUAAAAAAAUUAAUUGCAGAUUCAUUAACAAAAGUAAUGAAAAGAGCCAAGAAGAAAUGAGAUUUAUUAAACCAGUUGGAGAAAUUUCUCGAAAUGAAUCCCAUCCUAGUAAAAAGAAAACAGCUGCAAUGAAUGCAUCAAUGGAAUAUAGUGUGAAGUUUAAUCCUAGAUGUGAAAAAUCUAGAAGUUACAAUUAUCAAGGGGAUACCACUAAAUACAAAAUGCAAACAUCAGAGGAUAAACAAAGUAGUGAAUUAUUAAUAGAAAUUUCUGAUGGUGAAGAUUCUGAUUCUCCCCCUGACCUUCAGGUAGUUUUUACUCAGAUAAAUUCUAAAAAGAAUUCUCCUUAUUUAAAUAGCUAUAGAGACAAGAAUUUUGGAAAUAACAGCUCAGAUAACAUAAGUAAUUUCUCCAACAUUAACAAAUUAGAUCUUGUAAAUGACCAUAUUGGAAAAUCAUGCUCAUUUACUAAUAAUUCAAUAAUAACCAAGAAAAACUUAUCUGCUGAUAAUGGUGCCUCAAACUUAAAUGAACAAAUGAGCAUGAAUGAACAUAUUAAGAAGUCACAAAAUGAUGAUAUUCAUUCUUCAUCUUCAAAAUCAUUUAGUUGUAAAUCGUCAGAACAAAGUGGCCAAAAGCAAUGUGAUCUUCAAGCAAUAGACAAUCCUAUAUCACAUCAGUAUUUCUUCAUUAGGAAAACUAGUCAAGACUUAGGGAAUGAUUUGUAUGAAGAUCAGUACAAAUUUGUGAGAAAAGUACUUCCAGAUUUAUCAUCUCGAAUGUUUUCUCAUAAGUUGCCUGAUAUUUCUGCUUCAAAAUAUGAAAGAAUUCACUCUAAAUUUAAGUUGAAUAAAACUUCAAAUACAGUUUACACUGCUUCAGAAUCAUCUAAUGGAAAUAAAAAUAAUCACAAAAACGUUGAAUUAAUAGAUUUAUCAUCUGACGAUUCAGUUGAAUCGAGUCCUCCAAAAUUUGUUAAACCAAAAUAUGACAUAGUUUCAACAAAUUCUAAAUUUGUGUAUAAAAACAAUAAAAUUUCUUCUAAUCGAAAAAUUUCUGAUUGUGAUAUAGCUGAUAGUUCAAGUGAUAUAGAAGUUUUAGAUGACAGUCCAAGUUUAUUAGAUCGGACUCGUACCAAAAAGAAUUGUAAUGAUUCAGUACAAUCUUCUAAUGGAACCAAAAGAAAGUGUGCCGAAAGUAGUGAUGUUCCUGCUCAGAAGUCUCCCAAGUUGGAGGAAGAUGAUUCCCCAGAUAUAUUUGAUGGAAAUUGUGAUUAUGAAAGUACUCCUGAAGAUUUGUUGUCUGAAACAAAUUUUUAACAUUUAAAUCGAAAUUCAGGAGAAAUGUAAACAUUCUAGAAUGAAUUAUAUAUUUAUUCUAGUUCAUAAACUGUGAUAAUAUUAUAUUUUACAAAAAUAUUUCAAUGAAUACUUAUUUUUAUAGUGAUCCAUAAAAGUUAAAAACUUUAGUGAAAAUAAUACUAAAGUUUGAAGAUUAUACACAUUAAAAAAUAUAUUUUCAAUUGUUUAUUAAUAUAACAUUUAUAGAGAAUGAAU